UUGUCAAUUUCAUUCACAUAGAUUUAAUAUUCAUGCAAAGCCAAAAACAAGAGAAGAAGAAGAAGAUGGGGAGGGGUAAGAUUGAGAUAAAAAGGAUUGAAAAAUCAAGCAACAGGCAAGUUACUUUUUCAAAGAGGAAGAAUGGAAUCCUUAAGAAGGCAAAAGAAAUAAGUAUUCUUUGUGAUUCUCAAGUUUCCCUUAUUCUCUCUGGUGAAUCUGGAAAGAUCCAUGAAUACAUCAGUCCCUCCACAACAUUGAUUGAUGUCCUAGACAGAUACCAGAGAGACUCAGGGAAAACACUGUGGGAUGCUGAGCAUGAGAGUCUUAGCAAUGAAAUUGAUAGAAUAAAAAAGGAGAAUGAAAGCAUGGAAAUUCAACUGAGGCACUUGAAGGGAGAGAACAUUACCUCAUUGAAGUUCAAAGAGCUUAUGGACCUUGAGAGUGCCCUUGAAAAUGGCCUUACCUGUGUUGGCGACAAAAAGAUGGAAGUGUAUAGGAUGUUAAAGAGAAAUGGUGAGAUUUUGGAGGAACAAAAUAAGGAACUAGAUUUGCUUCUGCAACAGCAUAUGGCAGUGGAAGAUGUGGGAAACAUGCAUGAUGCAUCAGAUUAUAAGUGA